GCCAUAAUUUCUCAGUAGCUUGAUUGCGAUAUUAUCAAGCACAGUAUUUUCUUUCGAGACUAUGUCGGACGAUGCGGAACAGAACUCGCGGGAUAAUAGCUUUGGUAAUAAUGGUGCCAUCGCCGACGUUGAUGUUGCGUCGAUGAAUGAUGGGCGAGCUUUAGUACCGCCAGUUACACGAAGUGGAGAUGUCAUCUCGCCGACUAGAGCCGUUUUAACCUUAUCAAAGUCGAUGUUCAAUGCUGGGUGCUUCUCUUUACCGUUUGCUUGGAAACUAGGUGGUUUAUGGGUAUCUUUCGUUAUGUCAUUUGUGAUAGCCGGUUUUAACUGGUAUGGAAAUCACAUACUUGUGCGUGCAAGUCAGCAUCUGGCCAAAAAAUCGGAGCGUUCAGCGCUGGAUUACGGCCAUUUCGCCAAAAAAGUGUGCGACUAUAGUGAUAUAAGAUUUCUUAGAAAUAACAGCAAAGCAGUAAUGUAUGUGGUUAAUGUAACAAUAUUAUUCUACCAACUAGGUAUGUGUAGUGUUGCAAUAUUGUUCAUAUCAGAUAACAUGGUGAACUUGUUGGGUGAACACGUCGCAGGUGAUCAGCACGGAAAAAUGACUGUCAUGGCUACAGUUACUCUGGUAUUUAUCUUGGCAACGAAUAUGUUCACUGAAAUGCGUGUCGUUUCCGCGUUUGCCCUCAUUUCAUCUGUUUUCUUCAUCAUCGGAGCUGCCGUUAUCAUGCAGUUCACUGUCAGGCAACCUAAUCAGUGGCGGAGUCUACCUGCUUCAACAAAUUUCACUGGUACUAUUAUGAUGAUUGGUAUGAGCAUGUACUCAUUUGAAGGACAGACGAUGAUACUGCCAGUCGAGAACAAGCUUGAAACGCCCGAAGCAUUUUUGGCUCCCAAUGGUGUUCUUCCGACAACGAUGAUUAUUUGUACAUGUUUUAUGACUGCGCUGGGUUUCUAUGGCUAUACUGGAUUCGGAGACAAAAUCGCGCCAACCAUUACUACUAAUGUGCCGAAAGAGGGACUGUACUCAACAAUUAAUGUAUUUCUGAUGCUGCAAUCAAUGCUUGGACAUUCGAUUGCAAUGUACGUAGUCUUCGACAUGUUUUUCAAUGGAUUUCGAAGAAAGUUCUCUGCUAGAUUUCCCAAUUGUCCCAAGUUUUUGGUUGAUAAGGGAUUUCGAGUAUUCUGGGUGAUGGUAACCUACUCGAUGGCGGUCUUGAUCCCGAAACUAGAGAUCAUGAUACCAUUGGUUGGGGUGACCAGCGGAACAUUAUGUGCCCUUGUCUAUCCACCGAUAUUUGAAAUGAUCACAUUUUGGACGGAUUGGAAGGGCCUCCUGACCUACCGAGAACGCAUGUGCAAGAUAGCUUUAAAUUGUUUUGUCAUCUGCGUUGGUUUCUUUGCUAUCGCUGCGGUAUACACUGACAGCAAUGUAGAAAUAGUGCCAGAAGGUUGUGAUUGUCGUGAUUGGUAUGGCGCUUGUCGAAGAGAAGGAGAAAAGUGGAUAGAUGACGAAACAUGGGUUUACCAAUGCAAUAGACAAGAUGGAAGCGAUGCAACGUUUGUAGGAUGUGCUACUUCGACACCGACAAAUGUACAAAUACCAGUGGGUUCAAAUAAGACGUUGGGACCACUGUGGCACAGUUGUGACGCAAACACGCUACGACUAAAAUAUGACUCAGAACCGCAUUGUCUUGUCAAACGGGAGGUGAAAAAAGUACGAUCCGAAUUUCGAGAUGGACGAUUUCAAUGGCUAUGCCUUGAGACUGGACGAUGGGUUGUCGGUUGUUACUAUGCUAAUGAAACUCAUCCUGAUGCCUAUCUAAAAAUCGGAGAACAUGGCUACAACGGGCUUAUCAAACACGUAUGCGACCGCUAUGCGGACUACCCAGGGCGUGUCCAGUAUUAUGCAGAGGUGCGAAAGGAUGUCCAUGUCAAACAUCCAACGAACAAAGGAAUCAACAAAAACUUUCCAGAGCCAGCUGAUCUAAGGAUCCAAGACAAGGUGGGCCGCUGGCUGCACGAGAGCGCGUCGAUGUUCAUUGCUAAUGAGGAAAUUCUCAGAGGAAAAGUACGAUACUUGCCAGCAUCUAGACGACAGUGGCCAACUGGUGAUCACUGA